ACUGUGCGCAACUUGGAGGAACCACUUCAGUGUCCGGAGGAGCGCGUGAGUGCGCGUAGCGUGUGUUUCAGGAGGCUGUUUGUGAGCGACUGAAUGAGGAGCUGAAGGUGCCGUCAACUAUUCGGGACUCGGACUCUCUGUCGACCGUGCCGAAAAAACGGGAGCCAUGGAUUAUAUUAAAAACACUUAUCUCUCCAUCUUUAUUUUGAUAGUUGCCGGUACCUGCAAUGCUCUUUUGGACAGAUUUCUUGCGGAGAACUACUCAGAUCAGAGGUUCCUCCAUCAUCUGGACUCAGAAGAUGACAUCCAAAUUACCUCGUGCGAUUUUGAGACAGUAUGCCACUGGACUUUAUCAAAUCACGGCGACCAAAGUGACUGGUCAGUGGGGUCGCCACGGCAACCAGAAAGCACUCAGACGGCGACGAUGCCAGUGACUGAUCACUCAGUGGGGAGCUCCGACGGGCACUUCCUCCUGCUGAGCUCCUGGGCUUCUGCCGAGGCCCCCGGGAGAUGCGAGCACCACUUAACCAGCCCGGUCCUGCCAGGAAGCGACGGCCGCUGCAUCCUGCAGGUGGCCGUGUACGAAUCCAGCCCGGCGGUGGGGAACCUCUCGCUCCUGAUCAAGCCAGUCGACUCGGGCUCAGCGGGUCACUCUGUGGAUCUCCACCGCAGGACACCGGAUAACCGCAGGGCUGACUGGGAGGUUCUGCAGAAUGUGAUUGGUCAAGUGGACGAGCCCUUCCAGGUGAUCCUGCGCUACACUUCCUGUUUGAGGACAGGUGAAGGCACCUUGGCCCUGGACUCUCUGGAGUUCAUAGACUGUGAAUCGGAUCACCAGUUCCUCGGACUGGAGGCGGCUUGUGGGGAAUCUUUCCACUGUGAGAAUUCCGGAGUCUGCAUCGACCAGAGCCAAGUGUGCAACUUUCACACCGACUGUCCUUUAGGGGAGGACGAGGGCUUCAUCUGUGGUGCUCUUCCAUUUGGAUCUCACUGUUCAUUUGAGGAGGAUGAAUGCGGUUGGUCUGCUUCCAGCCAGCACUCGGCCUGGAGAAGAGUAGCUGGACACGAAUUUCAGGAGAGAGAAGACAUGCAGGGUGUCACUCUACAGAGAACACCAGGGCACUUCCUGUUUCUGCAGGUAAGAGAGAGUAAUUCCCUGCGAGAGGCGUCCAUUCAGAGCUCGUCUUUUCAUCCCAUCAUCUCCACUGCUGCAUGUCAGUUGCGUUUCUCUCUGUACCUUCGUGGGAACUUUAAUGGCACUUUGCUGGUGGCUAUAGAGGAGAAGGGGACUGGAGCGGCUCCACUGGUCUGGGAGAGAAAUGAUCAGUGGAAGGACGACUGGGAAGAUGUUGCCCUGCAGCUGACUGGCCUUCAGCAUGGGUUCCACGUCAAGGUGACAGCUGUGUGGGAAAAAGGCUCUAAUGCUGAUGUUGCCCUCGAUGAUAUUGCAAUUGGUGCUGCCUGCUUCGAGACGGAUCUGAACUCGCUCCUGCCCUUGGGUCACUCGGGGGAUUUCUUGAGUGCCCUCCCAGAGCCUUCUGCCUCAGAGGUUUCUUUGAUGACGUGGUUGUUCAACUCAUGUGGUGCCAGUGGUCCCCUCGGCCCGACCCAGGCCCAGUGUGACAGCACCUACAGGAACCAAAAUGUCAGCGUUACUGUGGGGAAGGAAGAUCCCUUGAAAGGAGUCCAAAUGUGGAGGGUCCCUGCUACAAACCGAUACCUGAUCUCCGCUUACGGGGCCGCAGGAGGGAAAGGAGCCAAAAACCACAACAAGCGCAACCACGGGGUCUUCAUAUCUGGCACAUUUCCUCUGGAGAAAGGAGAUAUUCUGUACAUCUUGGUGGGCCACCAGGGAGAGGACGCGUGCCCCGGGAGAAACCCCCACACGCAGAGGAUCUGCCUGGGAGAGUCGUCAGUGAUUGAAGACAAACUGAGGGGGGAGAGCGGUGUGGAGUGGGCCGGAGGAGGAGGCGGAGGAGGCGGAGCCACCUACAUCUUUAAGAUGGAGGGAGAUGACCUGGUUCCCUUGCUGGUUGCGGCUGGUGGAGGAGGAAACGCCUACCUGGAGGACCCAGAGUCCAGUCUGGAGAAGUUAGAACUGGAACAGUAUGAAAACAGCACCAUGGCUCCCAGCACCAAUGGCCAGACCGGGGCUGCAGGUGGAGGUGGAGGCUGGAAAGACAGUCAAAGUUCCCACCUGAAAGCGGGGAAGUCUCUGGCGGAGGGGGCCGAGGGGGGGUCCUCGUGUUCCCUCGCCCUGUCCAAGCUCAGCUGGUCGACCUUUGGGGGAUUUGGGGGUGGAGGUGGGGCCUGCACGGCUGGAGGCGGUGGAGGAGGUUACAGAGGAGGUGACGCCGCACUGAAGGACGAGAUCACAUCCGACGGUCAGAACGGAAUCUCAUUCAUUCAUCCGAUGGGAGAGAUUUUCCUUCAGCCUCUGGCAGCCAUGGAGAGUCAUGGCGAUUGUGAGAUCAAGGUGCAUCUGAACUGCAGCCACUGUGAAACACGCAGCUGCAAACGAGAAAAGAAUACCCAGCUCAUCCUCUGCCUCUGCGAAGAUGACAACAAAGUCCUGGCCAGCGACAACGUCACGUGCGUCAGCGCCCUGGAUCCCGAUGGCCUGCAGGGCAAGAUGUCCACCUCUUUCAUCCUGGCAGUCGUGGUCUCCACCGUUGCGAGCGGCGUGGCGCUGAUCGGCACCGCCGUCAUUCUGAUGUGGUACCGCAGGAAGAACAACCUUGAUGCAGUGAAUGGUCAUCUGUGGAGUCCAGAGUACAAGCUGAGCAAGCUCCGCUCCUCCACCAUCAUGACGGACUACAACCCCAACUACUGCUUUGCAGGGAAGGCCGCCUGCCUCAACGAACUGAAGGAAGUGCCACGCAAGAACAUAACGCUCCUCAGGGCUCUUGGCCAUGGUGCAUUCGGUGAAGUCUACGAAGGACAGGUUCUGGGCAUGAGCGGCGAUAACAGCCCGCUGCAGGUGGCCAUAAAGACUCUUCCAGAAAUCUGCUCCGAACAGGAUGAAAUGGAUUUCCUGAUGGAGGCCCUGAUUAUGAGCAAGUUCAGCCAUGACAACAUAGUGCGGUGCAUCGGCGUCAGCCUCAACAUCCUGCCUCGUUUCAUCCUGCUGGAGCUCAUGACGGGAGGAGACAUGAAGAGCUUUCUGAGACAGAACAGGCCACGGGCGGGCCAGACCUCUUCUCUCACCAUGCGGGAGCUGCUGCAGAUGGCCAGGGACAUCGCCUUCGGCUGUCGCUACCUGGAGGAGAACCACUUUAUACACAGAGACAUUGCUGCUAGAAAUUGCCUGCUUACCUGCCCUGGACCAGACAGAGUGGCCAAAAUUGGCGAUUUUGGUAUGGCACGAGACAUUUACAGAGCCAGCUAUUACAGGAAAGGUGGCCGCGCCAUGCUGCCGGUCAAAUGGAUGCCACCGGAGGCCUUCAUGGAGGGAGUCUUCACAUGCAAGACGGAUACAUGGUCUUUUGGGGUGUUGCUGUGGGAAAUCCUCUCGCUGGGAUUCAUGCCGUAUCCUUGUAAAACCAACCAAGAGGUGCUGGAGUUUGUCACCAGCGGAGGCAGAAUGGAUCCUCCCAAGAGCUGUCCCGGGCCUGUCUAUCGGAUCAUGACCCAGUGUUGGCAACACUGUCCCGAGCACCGGCCCAACUUCUCUACCAUCCUGGAGAGAAUUGACUACUGCUCUCAGGACCCGGAUGUGAUCAACACACCUCUGCCCGUUGAAUACGCCCCCGCUGCAGACGACAAAGGAGGCCCAACAAUCCUCCCCUCUGACCUCGCCAGCCUCACUCCCCUCUUGGUGUCCCAUCCUGUGUCCCAGGCUUUCCCCUCCCAGCUGGGUGUCUCCUCUCUGGGCCUCGGCCCAACACCGCUUCCCCCACAGCCUACCAAACCGCGUGUGCUCCUCCAGAGGACCCAACCCGUCCACCAAGAAGUGACAUCGUGCCGCGAGGCUUUGCAGCCGUGCUGGGCGGAGCCCGUGCCGGCCCCCGGUUUGCCGGCGGGAGGCCACUGGCUCCACCCGGAGCCUUCCGGGCACCAGCCGUGCUCCAGAAACAGCUCCUCUUCGGGGAGCCAGAGGCUGAAGAACAAGACAAAGAACCUGUGGAACCCCACAUACGGCUCCUGGGUUUUGGAAAGCUUCCGGGGGAAGAAAACGCUGGCUCACACUCAGUCCAUGCCGCUCUCGAGCUCCGCCACCACCGCCCCCAACACACAGGCCCCUCACACCUGCAACGCAAACUGUGAACACAACGAGGCUGAGUGCAACAGCGCCCACCCGCCGCCGCCCGGCCUCUGCACUUCCUCUACCUCGUCCCCGUCCGGCCCGACUAAAACGCCCCCGAGCACGUCCUCCCAUAAGACCCCGACAAGUGGGCCCGUCAGAGCCGGUACGGACCUGGCUAAGCUCCAGAGUUUCCCCUGUGGCAACGUCAACUACGCCUACGACGAGCAGAGCUACGAGGCCGAAAGCGCUUACCUUGGUCUCCCAAAACCCCAGAGGCCCGUCAAAAACAGCAGCUUUGCCCCCGUGGCCUCCGCGGGGAGCGGCCCUGGGACUGGCGUUUGGCCUCACGCCGCCUCCUCUUGUGUGCCCAAGCUGCUGCUGAAGCGCCACGCCAGCUACGGGCACGAGGACGUGAGGCGACACGCCAAGGCCGAGAAACCCGCGCGGGACCGAGACUCCGGCUUUUCUCUGUCCGAAGACCUCAGCGUUAACCCCGUCUGAGAAGGGGCUUACUGUAACAGGGGUUCUGAGUGACGCGUGAAUGAAAUGUCACAACCUGGAGGAACAAACCGCAUCACCGUGAGGUUUUCGUUCUAGAGCCACAGCAUCAAGUUAUUGGAGCUACUCUGUACUGCGAUACAAAGAGGCCUCUGUCCCACUGGUACACAUGCAGCCCUGUGAUGGGUCAUGUCCACAUCAACAGAAAAGUUCUGCUGUAGUUUGACUCCUUUUCUACCUAUUUGUUGUUGUUUAUUUCCAUGAAGGCUUUAAAAGUAGUAUAUGUUGCAUUAUAGCAAACGUUUAGCUGGUAUUUGUAGUAAUUUGUGUACAGUAGGAAUAUACACACAGAAAAUGUUGAGCCGUUGAGAAGCGAAUCACUGUUCUUUUGCUUAUUUAUUUUGAUUUCAAAGGAUGGAAAUUCAGUGAUGUCAGCUAUACAGCAAUAACACGUCUCUGAUCUUUUCCUUCAACGGAAGGUCUACUUCUUGUUUCCGGCAUGUCCUCAGCUAAUGGGGUUUUCUCUGUAGUUCGUAGAGACUGGUGUGUGUAUGUCAGUGGUAGUUGUGCACACAAGAACAUCCUAAACAGUGAUUUAGUUCAGGUUGUCAAAUGUGAACCUUCCUCCUGCUGAGGAUGCUGGUUUUGGUUUCACAGACAGUCAGGAGAGUCAGAUAUUUCACACUUUACACCCACUUUACAUUCUGUUUGCGUGGGGGUUAAAAUAAAGAACAUAUAAUGUGUUUGUUGCUGGAAUUUAGAGGAUGCAAAUAUAAUAUCCUCUCAACCGAGCCGGACUUGCCGUCUUUGUGCUGAUCUAAUGGGAACUGCCUCCUGGCUAUAGAUGCACACUAACAGUGCAAAGUGAUUUGAUUUGACUAAAACAAAAACAAGUAAGCAUUUUUCCCAAAAAACAGUCCCCUUGCUCACUGGUAAGCGUCGAGUCCUGAAAAUCCCUUCCUGUAUCUUCUGGACUGAGACUAAUUUUGCCAAACUCCAUAUAUUUUUAGUUGGCAUUGCAUAUUUUUGACUCAUCUCUUUCCCCAUGUCCAAAUAUGUCCUUGUCCUGAAGGAUGUCUCAUAAUAGUAUUGCCGUGUAGUAUUAGAUGACCACGCAGCUGUGAAAAUAUUUGCUAAUUUUGUACUCUCUUUCGUACGCUGCACUAACCUGCUGCAUUUGUAGCUAUUUUUUCAUUUAUUAUUCAUUUAUAUUUAUGUAUUUGUAGUCGAUCACUGCCAUUGAACACCGCUGCACUGCAUCCGAUGGUGCUGUGCUCGUAGUACCGAUGUUUACUCAGCAGGGGGAGCUAUUGAGCCGUGGAUCUACCAAACAUGCUGCUGCAGGUAUCUCACUUCAUUCAAUUAAUCAAAUGUUCCAGGGUUAAAACCUCUAUUCAGUAUGAUUACUUUUUAUUAUUUCUUAUUUAAUCAAUCCUGGUAGUUGUAUACCACACAUGUCUUUUGAGCCUAAACGAUUUGUUUUGCUGUAUGUUGUCUGAAUAGUCACACAUCCGUUUGGCUCAUAUUAUUAGUGAGUGCUGUGAAAGGCUCACAUUAUUUUCCAGAGACUCAUUUUUAUUGGGAGAUUUGUCUGUGGGGUUUAUUUUACAGAGAAGGAAAAAUGUCUUGCUCCUAGUGUACAAUCUUUUAUAGUCUGGUACGUUGUAUUUCACACUAACUUAACCUGUUCAUGUAUUCUGUAAUGUUGUUGAUGGUGUUAACGAGUCAACCAAAAAUGCCAAGACAUUCUAUGCAAUAUACCGUCUUUUACCCUUUCCUCUAACCUAAUUGUGCCCCAAAUAAAUCAAUAUGUAUUGAU